UUCAGUUCUAGACAAUCGUCUGCAAUGAACAAAAUUCGCAGUUUGUUCAUACUAGCCGUAGUUUUACUAUUUGCUAAAGGCUCCUUGCAAAGUGAACCGAAAUUCCGUCGUGCCGUGGCUCAAUCGAACCGGAUUUAUCGAUGUGGCGAGAAGAAGCGGCAAGUUGAAGGUCUCAUCACCAAUGGAUCCAACACGAAACUUGGCGAAUGGCCCUGGCAUGGGGCUCUAUUCUAUCGAAAGAAUCGUAAAUCGAGGGAAUACAAGUGUGGAGCUACGCUGAUUCGCCAGAACUAUGUCACUACCGCUGGUCAUUGCGUCGUCGAUCGGGAAAGUGGUUAUGAAGUGAAUCCAAAUUCGGUCACAGUUGAUUUUGGAUACGUGCAGUUGUUUAGCCCUUCAAGCCAUGGACAAUCGCACAGUGUGCUGGAAAUCUUUGUUCAUCCGGAGUUUUCCAAAGAUAGUAAUAAGCAUGACGUAGCCGUUUUGUCCUUGAAAACGGUAGUGAGAUUUAGUGAUUACAUUCUACCCAUCUGUUUGGGACUUUCAAAGACCAAAAAUGCUAUUCACGAUCUCAUCGGUGAACAAGGUGUGGUAGUCGGGUGGGGAUUAACGGAAACAGACACGGAAUCAUCACAUUUGAAAAUGGCCAAUUUACCCGUUGUGGAUUAUCCCGAGUGUCAGGAAUCUGAUCCGGACCUGUUCGGUCCGCUCAUUUAUUCGGGUAUGUUUUGCGCUGGUUCCAAGAACGGGACGAGCGUUUGCAACGGCGAUAGUGGUGGUGGAAUGUAUUUCAAGAAAGGAAGGGCGUGGACUUUGCGCGGAAUCACAUCGUUCUCGGGAGCUCGCACUGAUGGAAGCAACAAGUGCGAUGUAAAUAAAUACGCUGGUUUCAUGAAUGUGCAGUAUUAUGCACCUUGGAUUGGCCAGAUAAUAAACGAAGAGUAUAGAGAAGUGGCAAAUGAUACAUCUAAUGAAAACCGAACAGAGACAUAUGCUGAACCAUUGUCCUGGCGAGAUCCUCCUAGAGGCACAAUCACCACAGAUUUCGUGACACCACCGCCUCGGCGGGAACCUCCAAGAGACACAACCUCCCUAGAUUUCGAGACAUCACGGCCUUGGCGCGAACCACCAAGAGGCACAUUCAAUGAGAACCAAACAGCUUUAUAUUCUGAAUCACUUUACCGGCGGGAACCUCCAAGAGACACAACGACCACAGAUUUCGUGAACCCACCGCCAUGGCCAGAACCUCCAAGAGGCACAACCACCACUAAUUUGGCAAUACCACGGCCCUGGUAUGAUCCACACAGAGGAACACUUAACACCAUGAAUUUCGCGACAUCCGGUGCAUCAUAUGAUCCUUGUUCCAGUGGAGAACGUUGUCUAGAGGGUGGCGAAUGUAUGAGAAUACAUUCUAGAUCUGAUUCAUCCAAUACAAGAAAACUUCGAUUUGAUUCACGGUGUGGUAAUGAGGAGAUCGCUAACACACACCUUAUGUGCUGCGAAAUGCCCGAUUCUGAAGGGUAUGACGAUGAUCCUGACCCGUGCGGGAAACGGAAGCUCAGUUCAUAUCCCAGCAGUCGUCCAACUCAUGCUGAGUCAGAUGAAUAUCCCUGGAUGGUGAAGCUUGCUAGUCGAUCGAAUAUAUUCGAAUGCCAAGGGGUUCUUGUGUCCCGUAGCUAUGUUCUGAUGUCAGCAUUCUGUAGACCAACCGGAGGAAUAGAAUAUGCGCGUCUUGGAGCAGCAUCAAGUAGGUGUUCAAUAUAUGCAGGAUGUUAUACUAUGAGAGUAUUGCGCAUCAUCUACCAUCCUCAGUUCUCUCUCGAAAAUGAGCCAUCGCCAGAAAACUCUCCCUUCAAUAUCGCACUGGCCGAACUGGAAUUUCCCAUGGAGAUAAAUCGAUAUGUCAAUACAAUAUGCCUUCCAACAUCCGAACCAAAACUAUCGACAUUGUUUUCAACUAGUUUUAGGUUUUCAUAUCAACGUACUGAUGAGGACGGCACAUAUGUGAAUGGAAUACAUCAUUACUCAAGUCUGCAACAUUUUAGCCUGUCAUAUGGUGAAGCUCCUUCCCCGGACCAGAUGUUUGCUAUUUUCCAAGGAGCGCCAUUGCAGUUAGAGAGCGAGAGUGGCCAAAUGGUUCUUAUCGGAAUGGAAACCCGAAAGCAGUUUCGUAGAAAUGAGACUUAUGACUAUGCCAUUAUAGUUACCCCCGUUGCUGACUGGAUACGACAAGUUGUGGGAAUAAAAAAUGCCACCGACAUUAGCAAAAUGAUGAUAUUUUCUCUCAUUCAUUCAGUUACGUUCAACCGGAUAGCAAUGAACAAGUUUUGCAAUUUGAUAGCUCUUGCGUCGGUUGUAUUAUUGGCACAGGAAUCCUUGCAAACUGGACCGAAAUUUCGCCGUGCCGUGGCCCAAUCGAACCGGCAGUAUCAAUGUGGGACACGGAAGCGACUAAUCGAGGGUCUCGUAACAAAUGGAUCCAAAACAAAAAUCGGCGAAUGGCCCUGGCAUGGAGCUCUAUUUCAUCGAGAGAAUCGCCGAUCGAGGAAGUACAUGUGCGGAGUAACGUUGAUUCAUCAGAACUUUGUGGUCACUGCCAGUCACUGCGUGGUGGAUCGUGAUAGUGGCUACGAAGUGAACGCGAGAUCGGUGUCUGUGGAUUUUGGAUACGUGCAGUUAUUCAGUCCUUCUAGCCAUGGUCAAUCGCAUACUGUUCAGGAAAUUUUUGUUCAUCCACAGUUUUCCAAAGAAAGCAAUAAACAUGACGUAGCCAUAUUGUCGUUAAAAACCGCAGUGAAAUUCAGUGAUUACAUCCUUCCUAUCUGUUUGGGCUUUUCCAAGACCGAGACAACAAUUUAUGACAUCGUUGGGAAGGAGGGCAUGGUCGUGGGAUGGGGACUGACAGAGAACGACACCGAUUCAUCGGAUUUGAAGGGAGCCAAAUUGCCCGUCGUGGACUACGCCGAGUGCUUGGAAGCUGAUCAUGAUCUGUUCAGUACCUUGAUCUAUCCAGGAAUGUUUUGCGCCGGUUCUAGAGAUGGGACGAACGUUUGCAACGGUGACAGUGGUGGCGGUAUGUAUUUCCAGGAUGGAAGGAGGUGGACUUUGCGCGGUAUCAUAUCGUUCUCGGGAACCCGAAACGAUGGAAGUAAUAAGUGCGAUGCUAAGAAUUACGCUGGGUUCAUGAACGUUCAGUAUUAUGUGCCGUGGAUCCGUCAGAUUGUGCAUGGGGAGGAGGAUGUUUCAAACGUGUUAUUAACUGAACCAACAACAACAAUACCAAACGGUAUUGAUGAUUAUACAACAACAACAACAAAUCGACCAGCGGAAUGGGGUGGUGCUUGUUUGCCGAAUCCCUGUGGCUCGAAUGCCAAUUGUCGUGAGACUGACACCGGAAGACCAAUAUGCUCAUGUCCUCUCGGAUAUGGUGGAAACCCAUUGACGUUUUGUAGAAGGUCGGAAUGCUUGAAGAAUGUCGAAUGUCGUGCAGAUCAAAUAUGCCACCAAGGAAAUUGUGUCUCCGCUUGCUCGGGAGUUUGUGGCGCUCAUGCAAGAUGCACGGUGAGAAAUCAUGUACCAAUUUGCAGUUGUCCAGGAAAUAUGAGUGGAGACCCGUUUGUAGUCUGUCGGCCUAUUAGAUUUUCAGAGGUUUAUGAGAAAAAAUAAGCAUUCUUAGAUAUACCAUAUUACUAUACUAUAAAUAACUGUAACUGACACUAUAGUUACAUUAAGACUUGUAAU